GCAGGAGAACUGUGGCUGCACAUCCCAACUCAGAUCACAGGGCUGGUCACUGGCUGCGGGCUCCAUGAAAUUCGUCCUACUGUGCGUGUGGCUGUCCAGUCUACUGGACCUGUGCUCCCUGUCACCAAGAUCUGGUGCUCAAACCAACACAGACUGUGGUGGCAACACAUGCCACAAGAAUGCGAACUGCACCGUGAUGGCUGGGAAGUUCGGGUGCUACUGCAACAUAGGCUUCACGGGCGACGGAAUACGGUUCUGCGAAGAUGAUGACGAGUGCCUGAAUUCGACGUUAACCUGUGGACAAAAUGCAACCUGCAACAACACCUACGGGAGUUUCUACUGUACCUGCGUCAAGGGUUACCAGUCCUCAAAUCAGAAGAAGGAAUUCAUCCCAAAUGAUGGUACUACGUGCCAGGAGAUUCCAGAGAUUCCCUGCUACUUAACUAAGAAGUGUCUCUCCAGAAGCAUUAAUAAUGCCUUACAGCAGCUGAGCAGAUUCAGAGAAUCACAGACCGCACUGGAAGAAAUAGCCAAGAACACCACGAGAGGCCUGACGACAACCGACGUUCUUUUAUACACAGAAGUCCUCUUACAAUCAACACCAUCUCUGAGUAUGAUCAACGAGACUCUACCCAAUACAGCAGCCAUUGCCAACAUAACCAUCAACGCCAUUGUGAAAACCGUGAACAAUCUUGUAAAACCAAGUGAGAUGAUGGCGUGGAACAAGAUCCUUGUAGAGGACAGGAGAAAAAGUGCCACCAAGUUGAUGCAUACCGUGGAAAUGUCGGCAGUCAGUGUCUCACAGCACCUGAGGGGCACAGCAGAGAUGGAGAUUAAGGAAAGUGACAUCACUCUCAAAAUGUACACUUUUGAUCUAAAUCAAGAUGAGCAACCUCCAACUCAAGCAAAUUUGGAAGAUAAUCAUAUAAGUAUUUCUGGACGAAAGGAUGACGGGGCCAGCUCUAACGGGACUGUGGCAGUCAUUUUCCUGCAGUUUAAUAGUAUUGGCUUGCUGCUGGAAGCCGCUAAUAGCUCCCAGGAGUCGGAAGUCAAUGGGACGGUGCCACAGAAGGAAUAUACCAUGAACUCACCCAUCAUUGCAGCAGCUGUCAAAGCCAAUCCUCCGACACUGUACCUUAUGAACCAUAUAACAUUUACACUGAAGCAUUUGAAGCCUGUGAAGGGGCACAAAUCUGUCUGUGUGUUUUGGAAUUACUCCACUUCCAGUAUGGAGGGGGAGUGGGACACCGGAGGGUGCAACAGCCUCCAUUUCAAUGCCACACAUACCACCUGCCGAUGUAAUCACCUGACCAGCUUUGCAGUCCUGAUGUCAUCUUCACCCAUUGUGGAUGUUCUACAUAACAAUAUCCUGACUCGGAUCACCCAGCUGGGAAUUAUCGUGUCCUUGAUCUGCCUGUCAAUGUGCAUCUUUACCUUCUGUUUCUUCAGUGAGAUUCAGAGCACCAGAACAACCAUUCACAAGAAUCUCUGCUUCAGUCUCUUUAUUGCAGAACUUUUGUUCCUCACUGGGAUUAACAUGAACAGCAAUAAGCUACUCUGUUCCAUCGUAGCCGGACUGCUCCAUUACUUCUUCCUGGCUGCCUUCGCCUGGAUGUGUGUCGAGGGUAUUCAUCUCUACCUCAUUGUGGUUGGGGUCAUCUACAACAAAGGUUUCCUGCACAGAAAUUUCUACAUCUUUGGCUACGGCAGCCCUUCGGUUGUCGUGGGGAUUUCGGCACUGCUGGGCUACAAGUACUACGGCACUGAUAAGAUCUGCUGGCUCAGUACAGAAAGCAACUUUAUAUGGAGCUUCAUUGGUCCGGCCUGUUUAAUCAUUUUAGUCAAUCUCCUGGCAUUCGGAGUCAUUAUUUACAAGGUGUUCCGGCACACUUCCAUGUUAAAACCAGAAGUGAGCUGCUAUGAAAAUAUUAGGUCUUGUGCUCGUGGUGCCCUGGCCCUUCUCUUCCUCCUUGGUGCUACCUGGACCUUCGGGGUGUUGCACAUUGUCAAGGGAACCAUGGUGACAGCGUAUCUAUUCACCAUUUCCAAUGCAUUCCAAGGGAUGUUCAUCUUCAUAUUUCUCUGCAUCCUGUCAAAGAAAAUUCAGAAAGAGUACUACCGGUUAUUUAAAAAUGUGCCCUGUUGCUUUGAAUACCUGAGAUGAUCUGGCUGAAGAUGAUGGACAACCAGCACUGAGAUGGGAGAAGAAGAAAAAUGCCUCUCAGUUGAGCUACAAGUGACAUUGAUGGGCCAUGAACAUAACUUAUUUAAAGUUUUGCUGUAUGGGGUGGGCUGUGUUGGGAAAGAGUGGGUGAAAUGGAGUACACAAAUCGCUUAAGAUCCUUAUAACAGGUUUCUGAUUCCAUUUGGAUUCCUGUCUAGUUUGUAAAUGUAUAAUGAAAGUGCAGCCUUGCAUCCAGUAAAAACUCAAUUGUAAUUUC